CAUUUUCAAGAAAAUCUUGAAAUACUAAAACUGAAAGAUUCAGUUAGAAGUCUUUCAACGUAUGAUGAAUAUCCUGAUGAAGAAUAUCGAACAUUUCACUUAUUAUCAACAAAAAUAGCAGAAGAAGGUGCGGCUUAUGGUUUUGAAUCAUUUCCAGGUUCUUUUCUAGAAUUUGUUACAUUAUCACGCAUUCAUAAGACUGCAGAAUCUUCUAUUCCUGUCGAUCCGAAUGUUAAUCAAUUUAGCCGAUUAAGAAUUAGAACAGAAAUAUUUGGGUCGACAUUAUCUUCUCGACAUGCUAAAUUGGCAAAAAUAUUGGCUCAUUUCUUUAUAGAUGAUAAUACUUCUGACAUAUACCUUG